UAUUCCAGUACUAAUGGGGGGUAGAAUUAGGGUCAAGAAAUAUGUAGAGGACUACUUACCUACAUUGUAGUCUCUUAAGUCUGUGCUUUUGUCCACAGUUUGUGUUAAUAAAAAUACCUUAACAUACUGAUAUCGACUUUGAUCAUAAACUCGUUCUUUCCACUUCCAUUUUGCUUAUUUCACAGACAAAUUUUCCCAAUCAAUGGCAGCUUUCUAUAGGGAACCUAUAGAUAAAUAGGAACAGUAUGAAAACUAACUUAUCUUUUUGUUCCCCAGAACACAUAGGCACUGUCAGCACCAUUACCACAGAGAUGGAAAAUGCAGUGAUCCUAAGGGACAUUGAAGAUGGCAAUGUGAGAAUGUUGGGCACGAAGCUCACUGUAAAGGAUGUCGAGAUUCUGAUGGUUGUUUUGAUUGCCACGGGUGUCAUCCUCUUGCUAGUUGCUCUGGCUCUUGGUGGUAUGGUGUGGUACCAGCAUCGGCAGAGAAAGCUUCGGCGCAACAGGAGGUCCAUCCUGGAUGAUAGCUUCAAGCUACUGUCUCUCAAACAGUAAUAACUAGAGUCUGGAGAUAUCCUGAGGAAACACAUUUGCACUCCCCAAAUCCCAAGAAACUGUGGAAUAGCAGCUAACUCUACUGUGAAAAGGGCAUAGGUGUUGGAGGGGCAGAGGAUGGAAUCAAAAUUAUCUGGCAUUUCUUCAUUUAUUUAUUUACAUGGGAAUUACAUGUUUUUACUUUUCUUUAGUUUCUUAGCUACACCCAGACACUUAGGAUAAGGUAAAUUCCAUAGUAUGCUCCAUAACAGAUUUCAACAGCUGUAAUAAUAUUUUUCAAUUCUUGGAAGGUAUGAAAAUUUCCUAGAAAUGGAUCCUUCUUUAUGAAGUAGAUACCAAGGAAAUAAACUCAUUAAGUAGUUUUUUGGUGCCAUCCAGAAUGGAAGUAAGUUCAACUAAGGUCAUAUGAGCUCCAAAGUUAACUCAAAAUUUAGGAAUGUGAACACAAGCAUGAUAGGGAAUAGGAGGUAGUGUGAGAAUUGGGAACACCAAUUAUGUUUUGAUUUUCCUUGGCAGUAGACUGUUUUGGAGAAAUGUGUGGAAGGGUUAUUGAUGCCGUAAUUGCCUACUGCCUGUGGAAUCAGACAUUCUUCAGAAAGUCAGUCAUUCAAUAUUGUAAACAGUGUGGUACUGAGGGGAAUUUUGAGUGGCCACCCCGUGUUUCAGGGAGCAAAUUCUGUAUACUAAAGUUGUUGUUAGAGCUUGGCCCUGGUGGCUCAUGCCUAUAAUCCUAGCUACUCAGGAAGCUGACAUCUGAGGAUCCUUGUUUGAAGCCAGCUCAGGCAGGCAAAUUUGUGAGAAUCUUUCCUCAAAUUAACCAGCAAAAAGACAAAAGUGGAGGUGUAGCUUAAGUGAUUGAACACCAGCUUGAUUGCAUAAAGCUAAGCGAGAGUACAAGGCCCUUAGUUAAAGUUUCAGUACCAGCACAAAAAAAGUAUUUGUUAGAACAAGCACUGAAUAUAGUAGUUUUGAUGGCUCUUCUGUGGCUUCAUCCUUUUCCUCCUCCUUCUUGCAUAGGAGAUUGAACUCAGGGCCUUGAGCUUGGAUCCUUGUGGCUUCAGGAAUAUCUGUAAUUGAAACAGAAGACUCUCAGGUUUCUGAAAGCACAAGUGUCUGCGGUCCUUUGUUGAUACUGCAGAUUUCUGUUUUGGGAAGCUAUCCCAAAGAAAUCUCCAAGUUAGACUCGUUGAUAUAGUCUAUAAAUGGAGCAAUUCCCACUAAUUUAGCCAAAAUAUACAAUCAGGAUAAUGGAUAAAGUAUGGUAUAUAUACACAAUCCAUCAGCCAUAAAAAAGAUUGAAAAUGAUAGCAAGAAAAUGGAUGAAACGAGAUCAGUGUGUUAAUAAAUCAGAUUCAGACACUUAUAUUUUAUCUUUCAUAUAUGUAAUCUAGACCUGAAAAAUAAAAUGUUUGUCAUGAAUGUCAGAUGGGAGAAUUUUUAAAGGGAUAAGUGAGGGAGGGAAGGGUUGAAAAAUACUGUGGGGUAAAUAUGAUUGAAGUACAUGUAGGAAAAUGCAAAAAUGAAACCUGUCAAAACUAUAAUGAACAAGAAAGUAACAGGGCAUGAAUUUGAUUAAAGUAGAAUAAACAAAGAAAAUAUGGUAUAUAGCAUGGAAUAUUGUUCAGCUGUAAAGAAAAUAAAAUUGCUAUUUUCAGGAAAAUAAAUGGAAAUGGAAAUCAUCCCAUUAUGUUAGAAAACCUAGAUAUUGCAUGUUUUCAUUCAUUUGUGGAGCCUAGACUUAAUAAUGAGACAUGAAAUGUAAAAGAGGAAGUCUCUGGGGGAUCUGGCAGGAGGAUUAAGAUGGAAAUGGAAGUGCACUGAUUGGUGAAGAGAAUCAGUCCUAUUUAUAUGACAACAUAAUGAAACCCACUCAGAAAACAUUGAAAAUGGCGGAAAGAAGGAAAAAUAGAAUAUAAUGCAGAUCCUGUAUGUAUUCAAAGUAUUCUGUGCACAUGUAUUGAAUUAUCAAAAUGCUGCCCCCUAAUACUUUCAAUGUAUGCUACUUCAAAAUAAAAAUUUCAAAUUACAUUA